CCUGAUAAAACUGAAACAUAAACAAACAGACUCGACUACAAGAUUAUUGGAAUCGAUCACACAGCACAGUGUUAUACGUCAAACAAAUUUAGAGCAAAAAGUUUAGCCAACAGGAAAUAAAUAUUUUAGUCAUUCGAAACAGUUCAGUCGUCGGGAGAGGAUAUAAAAUCGAAAAGAAAAAGAAAAAUGGAAAAAGAAAAUACUGCUGGUGCGUCUGCGGACGGAGAAGAGGCUACCCACCCCCCAAAUGGAGGUCCUGCCGCCUCUGGCUUGCAGAAGGAGGAAGAGAAGCAAGCAGAAUGGAAGACACAGAGGUCUCAGAAGAGGCGCUAUAAGGCCGGGGAAGGCUGGGGCGGAAAGAAGCGGCAGCAGCAGCAGCAGCCACACAGCGAUGCUAGGGAAAAACAUAACCGACAACAGCACGCAGGACAACAGCGAGGACAGGGCGGCAAUCAACAAUGCCAAGGAGGCUCCCAGCUCUACAGCUCUCGCCAGCCGCAAGGCGAACUCCCCCAAUGGCCAGGCCAGCCGCGUGGAACUUUGGGAAAACCAGGUCAAGUAUCUGUCAAUUAUCUCGACGUUAACUUGGACAAAAUGCCUGCGGUGGCCUAUCACUACGAUGUGAAGAUCACGCCAGAGCGUCCUAAGAAGUUCUAUCGUCAGGCUUUUGAGCAGUACAGAGUUGAACACUUGGGCGGAGCGAUUGCCGCAUUUGAUGGACGUGCAUCGUGUUACUCAGUUGUGAAGCUAAAAUGCAGCUCCCAGGGCCAAGAAGUGAAAGUAACAGAUCGCCACGGCCGUACCCUGAAUUACACUCUGGAACUCAAGGAGACGGAGGACUUGGAGGUCGAUCUGAACUCGCUGAGAAGCUAUAUGAAGGAUAAGAUAUAUGACAAGCCCAUGCGAGCCUUGCAGUGUCUGGAGGUUGUGUUGGCAGCACCCUGUCAUAACACCGCCAUACGCGCCGGUCGCUCCUUCUUCAAAAGGUCUGAGCCCGGAAGUGCCUUUGAUCUUAACGACGGCUACGAAGCUCUGGUUGGGCUCUAUCAAACAUUCGUUCUUGGCGAUCGCCCGUUUGUCAAUGUGGACAUAUCGCACAAGUCCUUUCCGAAGGCCAUGACGAUCAUCGACUAUUUAGAGCUGUAUCAGAAACAGAAAAUUGACAAAAGCACAAAUCUUGACUACAAGCGUUCUGAUAUUGAAUCAUUCCUAACGGGCAUGAAUAUAAUUUACGAGCCGCCUGCCUGUCUUGGCAGCGCCCCGUGCGUCUUCAGAGUCAACGGGCUUUGUAAGGUUCCGGCUAGCACUCAGACAUUUGAGCUGGAUGGAAAAGAAAUGACCGUUGCAGAGUACUACAAGUCUCGGCAGUAUAAUUUAAAGUUUCCGAACCUUCUCUGCUUGCAUGUUGGGCCGCCUCUGAAGCACAUUUACUUGCCUAUCGAACUAUGUCGCAUUGAGGAUGGGCAGACACUGAAUCGCAAGGAUGGAGCUAAUCAGGUGGCGGCCAUGAUUAAGUAUGCUGCCACUUCCACCAACGAGAGGAAGGCCAAGAUCAUCCGCUUGAUGGAAUAUUUCAGGCACAAUUUAGACCCGACCAUCAGCCACUUUGGCAUACGUCUGGGCAGUGACUUCAUCGUCGUGAAUACACGCACACUCAAUGCGCCUCAGAUUGAGUACAAAAACAAUUUGGCCUCGGUGAGGAACGGUUCGUGGCGCAUGGAUGGCAUGCAAUUCCUUGAACCCAAGCCAAAGUCACAUAAAUGGGCCAUACUCUACGGCAAGAUUAACUACCUGUAUGUGGACGAGCUUCAGAAGAUGGUUAUUCAGAAGAGUCGCAAAGUCAAUCUGUGCCUGGAUGCCAAGGCCGAGAAACUGUACUACAAGGAUGAACGUGAACUAGAUGCUCUUUUCCGCUAUUUCAAAAAGAAUCAAUUUGAUGUGGUGUUCGUUAUUAUACCAAAUUCCGGGCAUCUUUAUGAUGUCGUGAAGCAAAAGGCUGAGCUGCAGCACGGCAUUCUUACACAAUGCAUCAAGCAGAUCACAGUCGAGCGCAAAUGUAACGCGCAGGUUAUUGGCAACAUUCUACUUAAAGUUAAUUCCAAGCUGAACGGCACCAACCACAAGCUACGGGAUGACCUACACUGUCUGCCAAAGAAGACCAUGUUUUUGGGUGCAGAUGUGACUCAUCCGUCGCCCGAUCAGCGAGAGAUCCCCAGUGUGGUGGGUGUUGCCGCCUCCCAUGAUCCAUUCGGGGCUUCAUAUAACAUGCAAUAUCGCUUGCAACGCUCUGCCCUGGAGGAGAUCGAGGACAUGGAGUCGAUAACCCUUGAGCACUUGCGUGUCUAUCAUAAUUUCCAACAAUGCUACCCAGACCACAUUAUCUACUAUCGUGAUGGCGUAAGCGAUGGCCAGUUUCCCAACAUCAAGAAUAAAGAGUUGAGAGGAAUUUCUGCCGCCUGCAGCAAGCUGCACAUUAAGCCCAAGAUUUGCUGCUUCAUUGUAGUUAAGCGGCAUCAUACGCGCUUCUUUCCGAACGGAGUUCCAUCGCAAUACAACAAGUUCAACAACGUUGUUACGGGAACCGUCGUCGAUCGCACCAUUGUCCAUCCCAAUGAGAUGCAGUUCUUCAUGGUCAGCCAUCAGUCGAUUCAGGGGACGGCCAAGCCGACGCGUUACAACGUAAUCGAGAAUACGGGCAACUUGGAUAUUGAUGUACUGCAGAAAUUGACAUACAAUCUUUGUCACAUGUUUCCUCGUUGCAACCGCGCAGUGUCUUAUCCGGCUCCGGCAUAUUUGGCACAUUUGGCUGCGGCACGUGGACGUGUCUACCUUACUGGCUGCACCAAGUUUCGUUCUCCCCAGGAGGAGUACGCAAAGCGUUUGAUACUGGCAGAGUUCAUGAAUACGAACCCUAUGUAUUUUGUUUAGGCAGAAAACUAAACAAAAACUAACAAUCAAAUUACAAACGAACACGACCUAAUCACGACAUAAGCCGAAAAGCAAGCCGGCGGGAGAGCUUCUGCUCAAGAUGAGCAGAUGACUCAUUGUCAUCGUCAUUGUCUUGGGAGGCCUACAUACAUAUACGAUACUGUCGUAAACAGCGAAGGAGUUCAAAGCACCGCCUUGCACUGGGGCCCCAGUCGCUGGCACCCAUAGGUAGCCCCCCAAGGGCCACACGCUGUGCUCAUACCCCAAUUUAUGGCAUUGAAAACGUUGGCCCCAAGUUCAUGGAGCCGGAGUCAGGGCCAGCACGUAACAGUUGACAUUAAAAGUGGCAUUAAAAUA